UACAAACUAGUGCUAGAUAGUUGACAGAUAGUUUGCAGAUACAAACUAGUGCUAGAUAGUUUACAGAUACAAAAUAGUGCUUGAUAGUUUACAGAUAGUUUGCAGAUAUAAACUAGUGCUUGAUAGUUUACAGAUACAAACUAGUGCUAGAUAGUUGACAGAUAGUUUGCAGAUACAAACUAGUGCUUGAUAGUUUACAGAUAGUUUGCAGAUAUAAACUAGUGCUUGAUAGUUUACAGAUACAAACUAGUGCUAGAUAGUUGACAGAUAGUUUGCAGAUACAAACUAGUGCUAGAUAGUUUACAGAUAGUUUACAGAUACAAACUAGUGCUAGAUAGUUUACAGAUAGUUUGCAGAUACGAGACAAAACAAUUUUUUUUCCUUUCUAAAAAUAAAAGUUUCAUGAAUGUUUCACUACACAAAUGGUUUAUCUCCGACGUAGGCGAAGGUUUCGGCUUGCUAGUAAUAAAAACAAGUCAGUCAGAAUAUAAUUAAAGUUCGAGUGAAAGAGUUGUUUGUAGUGCUCAUGCGCAGUAUGGUCAGUUCCGAUAUAAAUACAUGCAAACUGUUGGUCAGGUUUACUUACGACAAGAAAAUCGAGCUUACGAUAUUUACACCUAAAGGCCGCCUAGAAAUGGAACGUCAAACUCGUCGAAUCUACUUGCUUUUUCUCGGCAUUUUGAUUGGUGCAUUUCUAGCCAAUGGUGUUGAGGGACAAAUCACCUUCUCGAAAAGCUGGCAGGCAGGAAAGAGAUCUGAAGAUUGUUCUUCAAGAAGUCUUCAAUCGCUCAUUAAAAUUCACCAUCUUUUGCAGGCUGAAGUAGCAGAGUUGUUCAGGUGUAAACCUUAUAUGGAAGACCAGAGGUUCCAGAUAUGAACUUCGAAUGCAGACGGCAUUAUCUGUAUAAA